AAAACUUAGGUCAUGAACCUUACGGACCUAGCGAAGCAGCUAAGGGUCUACUGUAAGAAAAGCUUUUUCUAUAUAGCCCUCAGAUGUUUAUCUUGCAAGGAAAAAUUUGUAACUUGAAUCUGCAAACAGCCUCUUUGGAAUUUGGAAGCUUUUUAGAUCGAAGAUGGGGGUAAUAAAAAUAUUUUUAAAUCUGCUUGUCAAAUAGCUCGUUUAUAAAGCUUUUUUUCUAAUUCGUUUGUAAAAUGAAAAAUUUUGCAAGUCGAUACUGAGGUAGAAAUAUUUUUAGAAUUCUUCAUUGUAGUGUAAAAUGAUUUAUCAUGGAUAUACUGUAUAGAAAUGAUUGGAGGGUGGGGGCUUAUAAAGAAUUUUCAUUUCCAAAGUGGUGGCUUAUUCGAUAGGAGUGGCUUAUAUAAGAUAAGGCCAACUUGAGGAUUCACGGUAUUUACUAAUAUUUAAUAGAUUUUACUCAGGGGCGGCGCUGGGGGGUAUUCAAGGUAUUCGUGAAUACUAGUUUUUUUUCCAAAUGUGGGCUUUGUAGGCGAAUUAAAUUUCUCCAUCAAAACAAUCAAAAAGGUGUAAAGAGUUUAGCCCUGGAGAAGGAACACUGUCGUGACUCAUUUUCGUAGUAUGAUUUUUCUAGAAUAUUGCUCUGGCGCCACAUGCAAGGCUAUCUUUAAUCCCCUGUUGUUUCCGGAGGCGGCGGCUCAGUAUUCAGUGGCCAUCCUGAAUAUGUUCGCAUUGUUUUCGUGACCCAAAGUGACGUCAGUGAUCAAAGAACCAGCGGUGCUUUACAAAAGGGUCUCUGAAGGGAAAGUAUUCAGUUUUUCUCUGAAUACCUUGAGCAAGUCAUCUUUCCUCGUUAUACAGAUAUCAUGAAUCGCAUUUUGGAUACUCAACACCGUUGGAGUGUUUCGAAAAUUUUUGAACUUCGGUCAGUGCAAAGAGGAACUUUAACACACGAACAACGACUUCGUUUGAAAAAAGAAGGAAGACCUUGUCCAAGAAUUAACUAUAAUGGUAGAACAAGUGAAACUGUGUAUGAGGGGUUUUCAUGGAUUUGCGGGGCUGUAAAUGAAGAUGGAAAAGAAACUUUUUUCUGCUGGCCAUGCCUAGUUAUGGGGGACAUUUCAAAAAUGAAGGUAUCAUUUGUUCAAAAGAGUGGUUACAACUCUGGUCGCUCAAAUCUUUGGAACCUUGCCACUGGCCAUCAGUCUUCUAAGAAGCAUAUAAUGUACCACACUGCCUAUCAGCUUCUAGGGAAUGUAAACAUUGCCUGUGCCCUAGAUGAAGCAACAGGAAAAGCUGUAGCGAAGCAUAACAAAACUGCAGAGAGGUACAGGAGAAUGCUACACUAUCACAUUGACAUUGUUAUUUUCCUUGCAGCCCAAGGCCUUGGUUUCCGAGGUCAUGAUGAGUCCGCUACCUCAUCAAACAGAGGUAAUUUCAUAGAGCUCAUGGAUCUUUUAGCACAUUAUAGCCAGGAACUGCGAUCUUUCUUGGAUAAAGAACGUGUUACCUACACAUCUCACGAUCCUCAAAAUGAGCUAAUAGACUGUAUAGCUGAAGAGGUUCGCAGUGAAAUUCGACACAGAAUUAGCCAUUCAAAGUAUCUAGCAGUGAUGAUGGACGAUACCAGUGAUUGCAGCAACGUAGAGCAGUCUGCAGUGUCGAUUAGACUUUUGCAUGAUGGAAAGGUGGAAGAGCAUUUGCUGGGUCUAAUUGAUUCCUCAGAAGAUCAGUCAGCAGAAGGUCUGACAAAAGUUCUGCUAAGUACACUUUCGAAAUUUGAGGUAACACCUGAAAACAGUAAAGACAAGCUAAUUGGACAGUCAUACGAUGGAGCCCCUGCAAUGAGUGGACACCUUAAUGGAGUUCAAGCUCGGAUGCUUGAGCUUUUUCCAGUGGCUUACUAUAAUCAUUGCGUCGCCCAUCGAAUGUCAUUAUGUGCAUCAAGGUCAGCAAACAAAAUUCCACGUGUAGCGAAAUUUUUUGGAACCACCGAUAAAAUUGUGACAUUCUUCCGAAGCAGUCCUAAACGAGCAAAUCAUCUUGGACAUAACCUGCCUAAGCCUGGGGACACUCGUUGGUUAUCACGCGACUCGGCAAUUCGAGUGAUUGACAAUUGCUACGAAACCAUUGGAACAGUUUUAUUUGAAAUUGCCAAUGACAGGAAAGAAAAGGCCGAAACUCAAAGUUUGUCGAGAGGCUUAGGGAUUCAAAUACAAGCGAUUGAAUUUAUAUUUAUGCUUAAACUAUAUCGAAAAAUUUUCGAGUACUGUACGCCUAUGAUUACAGUGAUGCAACGGCCAACAUUAGAUCCCGUUAUCGUCAAGUCAAUGUUGAAUGACUUUCAUACGGCCUUAAAUGAUUUUGAUUUCAAUCAAAUUUGGGAGGAUAGUAUGCAGUUAGACCCAAUAAUCCCGACAGUUCGUGCCAGAGUUGGGUGGAGGAAUAUGGAGGCAGCCAUAAAUGGCCCGGAAAACUGGAAGAUUUCCCUUGUUGAACUCGGGAAAGAAAUAGUGACAAUGUUUUUAUCACAACUAGCCUGGCGCUUUUCAAACCUUGAGAAAUUUAAGUGGAUUAACCUAGUUCACCCCACAAAGUUUUUUGAGAGGAAGUUCGCAAAUUCUAGUGAACAACGAGCUUUACUAGCCGAGCUGCGACAGCUCUACCCAUUUGCUGUUACGGACCCUGUGGCAACCGAGUAUAACCUCAAUGUUUUAUACAACAACUCUGAAAUAGCUAUUCUGCUAAAGAAAGUUGUCCGGGAUAGAGAUGAGAUCAUUUCAAGAAAACUCACGAGUUUCAAAAAGUUGCAAACUGCAGACAGAGAGGAAAGUAAUUUGGUUGAAACUGAAGAAAUCGAAGAAAGAGAUGAAUUUCAACCAGAGCAGCCAACUGGCGAAAUAGAGACCGUCCCAGAAGGAAUUGCGUCUAUACAAGACCUUUUAACGGUGAUAAAAGGCGCACAGCUUGAAGAUGCCCUUCCACAAGCUGUUCAUUUGCUUGAGCUGGCAGUUGUUAUUCCACUGACAAGUGUGCAUUGCGAGCGUGUAUUCAGCAGAAUGAAGAGGGUGAUUUCAAGCAGCAGGGCGAAUAUGAUGCAAACUAGAAAGAACAAUCUUGUUUUCUUACAAGUGGAACAUGAAUUGUUAAGAAAUCUUGCCAAAAAUUCAUCUUUUAAGGAUGUCAUUGUAGAUAGAUUUAAAGUUUGUAACCAGCGGAGAUAUGAUAGAUUUUCAAAGAAGUAAAUAGACUGUUUCAAGCGAACAUUUGUGACAUUUUGUGAAGUUUUUUAGAUAUUUUGAAAUAAUUGAUAACAAAAUAUAGACUCUUCAGUGAAUUAGUAUCGAAAACAUCUUUCUCAAUUUCCAAAAAGGUGUGGCAUUUUGGGCGUGGCUUUUGCUAGUUACCUUGAAUACCAAUCGAAUUUUGCUCCCAGCCGCCCCUGAUUUUACUGUUAACUUGUUUUUUGUAUGUAACGCUUGAUGCUGUAGAAGAACAGUAGUACACAAUUUGCCUUUUUUCUCGCAUUAAAUUUAAACUCUUGUACAGCAGCUUAGAAACUGCUCGUCGUGCUAACACUACUUAGCCUUUUCGUGUAAAGUUAAUAUUUUUAGUCAAUAAUUGUAUCCUAACGGGAUGGUAUUCAAUUAAUGGAAAUAUUUCAGUUAAUUCUAAAUGGUAAUAUGUAUAUGAAAAUUUGAGGGAAAUCACUUUCCUAUAGAUUUUUUAAAUAAAUAUCGUAGAUACAAAUGGCAGUAGUUUAGAGAAAGAGAGAAUCAGCUGAGUAGAUUUUGCUCUUGGAAUGCGGAACAUUUGUGGCCUGAGAAGCAUGAAAUAUUCCUGAGAUGCAAGAUGUGCCUAAAAUAUCAGAAAAUAUAUCAAUAGAUGAUUGCUGAAAUUGAAAUAGUUUAGGUGAAAAUCUACAAGAUAGAAAUUAAUCGCUAUGUUAUCCUCGUAUAUAUCAGUUUUAAGGUGAUCUCAAGAUAGAGUAUAUCUUCAAUCAAUCUUUGUUAGUCUCCUUUAUGUCUCUCCAUUAUCGCUCCGAUAUUUCUAU